AAAAUGCCUUGUUAAUUAGAAAACUUAGGGAGAGUUUUCCCAAAGAAAUCAGUUCUACUAAAAACUUAUAUGUUGGGUUGCUUUUACUUGUUUUAUCAAACAAUCAAUCCUGAUGAAAAAAGGAAAGAGAAGCUACGUAUUUCAGAAUUAAGACCAAUUAUUUUAAGAAACCAAAGUCAACGAAAUUUAUUUUAAAUAAAUUACAGAAGUGAAAAAUAGAUGGAGAUCAAGAAAUAUUAAUAGAUGUCUUAUGGUUUGAUAGAAUUUAGUAUAAUAUUUCAUUUAUAUAGGAACAUCGUUAUUGCCUGCUGAAGAUUAACAGUAAAGCAAUUCAACUUCUCAAGUGGUAUGUUUGUUGAAUAUAUUUGUAGCAUAUACUUUAAAUACACUCUAAAAAACUCUAAAAUUUUUGUUUGGAUGACUUAUCAACAAUUGAAAGUGAAUCUAUUCCUGAUGUUAAAUUCGAACUUCAGACCCAUUCUCCGGUUGAUAUGACUCAAAGCUGCAUGUUUUGA